AUUGGUUCAGCGGCGCAUCGGCUUUAAAACAGGAGCAGUGCCAUGGUGUGGCCACCGUGGAACUUUGAACAAUGCUGCGUCUUCGAUACUUUCAUGGAAUCAACACGUCGUUCAUGACCUCGGCCAGCGGCCCUCACGGCAUAGCUAGAUGCGCAGGCGCCACCCAGGAUCGCCUGCUCGUCCAGCGGCUCCAUGCCCCGCAGCUGCGGCAGUUACAGGCCGAUUCGGCGGCGGGGCAUCUAGCUUUAUAACCGGGGACAUCCGGAAAACGGAGCUCGGCUGCGGCAGGGCCGGAAGCGAGCACCCAUGGGAAAAAAAAGGCUCCCGUGGUACCGAAGUCUGCUUUCCUUUCCAGCUGGAGGAGGAGGAGGAGGAGAAGGAGGAGGGAGGAGGAGGAGGGGGGAGGAGGGAGGAGGAGGAGAUUCGGCGCCUUUGGCGAAAAUGACUCGGCAGGCGGGCCUCGCGGGCAGAAGACCGGUCGACCGUUGGGCUCCCGCCCCGGCGGCCUCGCGCCUGGGCCUCCGCCCUGAAAGCACGGUCCGCGUCGGGAGCGCUCCGCCCCGCACGGGGGGCAGGGGAGAGAGGGAGCUGCAGCCCGCGGAAGCAAGCGCAAGUUCUGGGUCGGGCAUGUCCUCCUACAGUCGGGGCGCUGACC